AUGGCCAACGUGAAGGUGGCCGUGCGGGUCCGGCCGCUGAGCAAAAGAGAGAGUGCGGAAGGAGGAAGAGUGAUUGUAGAAGUAGAAGACAAAGUGGCGAAAGUCAGGAAUAUAAAGGUGGACAGCAGGCUUGACAGCACUUGGGACUCGAGAGAAAAGAUUGUGGCGUUCAGCUUUGAUUACUGCUACUGGUCAAUUGAUCCCGAAGAUCCAAAGUACGCAUCUCAGGAAAUGGUGUUCCAGGACCUCGGCACUUCUGUGUUGAUGGGUGCAUUCAGAGGAUACAACAUCUGUCUCUUUGCGUAUGGACAGACAGGUUCAGGAAAAACUUACACCAUGAUGGGAACACCUGCUUCGAUUGGGUUGACACCUCGUAUAUGUGAGGGUCUCUUUUCAAGGAAGGAUGAUUACUUGGACCAGACAGCAUCUUGCAGAGUAAAGGUCAGUUUUCUUGAAAUCUAUAACGAGCGUGUCCGAGAUCUGUUAAAACAAUCAGACCAAAAGAAACCUUACACCCUUCGAGUCCGAGAACACCCUGAAACAGGACCGUAUGUACAAGGAUUGUCUCAACAUUUAGUUACAGACUACAAGCAAGUUGUAGAACUUCUGGAGAAGGGAAUUGCUAAAAGGAUCACGGCAGCCACGCACGUUCACAGCGCCAGCAGCAGGUCCCACGCUAUCUUCACCAUCCACUACACCCAGGCUAUAUUGGAAAACAAUCUCCCUUCUGAAAUUGCAAGCAAGAUCAACUUAGUGGACCUUGCAGGCAGUGAAAGAGCUGAUCCCAGUUACUGCAAAGAUCGAAUUACAGAAGGUGCCAAUAUUAACAAGUCAUUGGUUACACUUGGGAUUGUCAUCUCCACGUUGGCACAAAAUUCACAGAUGUUCAGCAGCUGCCAGAGCAUAAACACCCUAACGAGCGAAGGGGAGAGCAGUCACGCAGGCAGCCCCUCCACAGGCAAUGUUGGUGGGACCAGGCGACAGGCUUACAUCCCGUACCGUGACUCCAUCCUCACCUGGCUGCUGAAGGACAGUCUGGGGGGCAACUCCAAGACCAUUAUGAUUGCCACUAUCUCUCCUGCCAGUUCCAGCUAUAAUGAGACCAUGAGUACCUUAAGAUAUGCUUCUAAUGCCAAAAAUAUAAUUAAUAAGCCCAGAGUGAAUGAGGAUGCGAAUGUAAAAUUGAUCAGAGAACUGCGCGAAGAAAUCGAUAGAUUAAAAACGAUGCUGCUGAGCUUUGAACUGAGGAAUUCCAGUCCUUCCUGGAGUGACGACAGGGACGGAAAUCUGACCGAGUUGGUCCUCCAGAAUGAGAUGAAGAUCGAGCAACUGACCAAAGACUGGACGAAGAAGUGGACAGACAGAAAAGCCAUCAUGGAAGAAUACAGUGUGGACAUCAACAGAGAAAAAGCUGGAGUAACAAUAGAUUCAAGUUUACCUCAUCUAAUGGCGAUGGAUGAUGAUAUCCUCAGUACAGGAGUGGUGCUUUAUCAUCUCAGGGAAGGAACUACCAAAAUUGGAAGAAGUGAUUCAGAUCAAGAUCAGGAUAUUGUUUUGCAGGGCCGGUGGAUUGAGAGGGACCACUGCACGAUAGACAACAACCGGGGCGUCGUGACUUUGCGGCCGGCUCGGGGCGCGCGCUGCUCCGUGAACGGGCGCGCCGUCGCGGGCUCGUGCCGCCUGUCGCAAGGGGCCCUCGUUGUCCUCGGCAAGGUUCAUAAAUUUAGAUUCAACCACCCGGCAGAAGCUGCUGCCUUAAGACGAAGGAGAUCACUUACGGAGCCACCAGCCGUUCUGAGCCGUGGAACUUUGGACUGGCUUAACUUGGAUGGAAAUUUCACCCAUUCUCCUCGCUAUAUCCCUUCUCCUCUUGAAAACAGAAAGAUAGAUGCGGUGCAUGAAGAGUACAAGCAGAAACUGAGAGACCAGGAAGCUUUCCACAGAAAACAGAUUCAACAGCAACAGCUCUACGUUGAGGAGUUAAAGCAGCAGAUCCUCGCAGGGCAGAUCAAAGCAGAGCGGGAACUAGAAAACGACCAAGCACUGAUCAACCAGCAGAUCCAAGAAAACCAGCAGUGGCUUAUAAAUGAGAAUAACCGACUGGCUGCCCUGCAACAGCAACAGAGGGAGUUUGCUGUGCAAACAGAAUCUACGCUGUGUGCAGAGGCUGAGGUGCAGAGUACUGUGGGGCUGGAAAUCUGCCCUUCCCUGCUAGAGCAGAACCAGAAGAGACUGGUGCAGCUGGAGCUCUUGCGAAGAUACUCCUUAAAAAAGGCAGAAAGAAGCAUACGACGGAAAAAGGUCAAAUUCCAGCUGGAAAGGAUAGUCAAGAAGCAGAAGUUACUGGAAGCUAAGCAAAACCUGCAGCAGCUGGAGGCUAGCUGCUGGCUAAACGAAGACAGUGUGAAACAAUCCCAAGUCCCGAACCAAAAUAUUGCAGUAGCCUCUUGGGAUCAUCAGCUGGAAAAGCAAAGGCAGUCAUUGGGUUCAAGUUCCUUGCAACACAGGCAGCAUUCACUCUGUAACCUCCAUCUGCCCCAUGUACCUGGUUGUCUGUUGACGAGGGAGACUGUCUCAAAGUUAUCUACCUCACCAAAUACUGGUCAAUGCUGUGAAGGCAGUUCAUCAGGGAAGCUGUCAUCUGUAGAAUAUCUUUAUAGAAAAGAUGUUUCUGGGAGAGUUGACCUUAAUGAUGAAAAAGGUAUCUCCUUUCCAGUCCAGAGGCAGCUAAGUGAAAAACAAAAACCAUCCUCGUUUGGAAAUAAAAAAGGAGUAGAAAAAGUCUCUUGUGAUUCAGCUAUUAUGGCUCAUAUUAACAAAAUUGAUGAAAAAAUGGAAAAGUUGGAUGACAGCCCAGGGGAAACUGGAUCUCAAAACCAGCCCUCUAAAGGAUGCUCUCCUGAUCAUUUUAAAGAGAAAGAUGAACCUGAAACCUUUAUUACAGGAACAAGAAUGACAAAAGCAAAUAUGUUAGGAGAUUUAAGUCAGCCUGUAAGCAGGUAUCUAGAACAAAGUAGAGCUCAGGUAUCCAAUAAAAAGACUGCAAUGGAUAGCAAAGCAAAAGGCCACGAUUCUUUUUCAGAAAACUUUCCUAAAGAAAUGAAGAAAACAGAGGUGUAUGGAAAACCACCAUUAGCACAUCUAACCCAAACAAUAAUGAAUUUGAAGAGCGCACCAAACUCAGUCUUGCCAAGUUGUGAGAAACGGCAAGAAUUUCUGAUGGCAGCAACAUCAGUUGGAAAUCUCACCAAGAUAAACACACAGGCACCACUCUGUUACGUUGAAAAAAAAUGGCGCAGUGCUGAAAUGUUGAGUGCUGGAGUGUCCAAAAUGGUGGCAGAUGUGCUAGGGAACUGGCAAGAGGAUAAUGAAAAUGAGAUAUCCGAUACUGACAGUUCCUACUCUGUGGAUUCUCUAUCCUGUGCUUAUGCAAAAGCCUUCGCAGAGACACUGAAACAAGAAGAUUUUGACAGGAAUAAAUGUCUCACCAAUCCAGAAGAUUCUGAGAGUGAUGACAGUCAAAUGUCACAAGACUCUCUGGUGGAAAAGGAAAAUAAAGCCAAAAAGCAAAAUAAAAGCCGAUUUCACAAGUUAAAGGCCCACAAUGAGCCAGCUAAGCUUUACCAAAGCAGACCUGGUCAUCAUGUUUCAUCUUUGGUGACAUCCUAUACAUCACACAGGCGACUGGGAAAAGCUGAAAGAAGUUUUUCUCUGGACAGCUUGGCUGAUGGAGAAGAGAUGCCAGUAGAAGAGCUGAUAGAAGAAUCCAAAUCUGAUUCGUCUGAUGAAGUGCCAGCAGAGAUUUUUUGGAAGUUACAGUCUCCUAGGUCACCAACUAUACAAACUGAAGAGCAUGAACUCAAGACCUGUGACAGAGAUGCAAAAGGAACAAAUUAUGAUCUGAAGCUGAGCACUUCUUUUUAUUUGGAUACUGAGGCACAGCCUGCUUUCAGUAAUGCUUGCAAGCAGUUGCUGAAGGAGACAAACAUCUCUUUUGUAGAUCAAGAGAGGUCUCUUGAUAAAAGAUUGUAUUACACAAGUGGAAAUCCAUUGUUUACUACUGAUGCUUGGCCUCCCUGUGACUUGAAGGGUGAAAUCAGCAGCCCCAGAGUAACAGCACCUUCUUCCCAAGAAAAUUUGGAAUUUCAAGAUGCUUGUCUGUGCCCUUUGAGCAAACCAGAGGGUUGGUUGAAGAAAGAUGAUCUGAAGCAGUCAGCUGCUGAAGUGUCUUUUGUUUCUGGCUCAAAGCAGAUAAACAGAAUUACUCAUUUAUCACAUAGUAUAAAUGAAAUAAAUACAGUGUUCUCCUCUGUCACAUCAGAAGUACCUUUACCUGAAACUGAAACAACAGUAGAUGCGAGUGGAGUUUCUGAAAAUGGAUCAUUAAAUAGGACUCUUAAAGGAUGGGCAAGUUCUGAUGAAAAUACUUUCUUGGAAUCCCAAGAUGUAGUGUCCUCAUUUGUUAGUUCAGUAGGACCAAGCUCUUCUUUUCUUUCUAUUUCAGCAAAACGUGAUUAUUGUGAACAUUCAAGGUCAACUCAUCCUGAACAUGAACAAUUGAAUGAAUUGCCUACUUACAGGUCUACCACUGAAUGCACACAAACAUUCAGCUGUUUGGAAAGCACCUCCACUGCAGACUUCUUUUCUUGUGUGUCUGGAAGAGAAGAGGAUUCUCUCCCCACAGCUCAUCCAGAGUUGCCAAAAGAUCAUGAUCUGAAAAAAGCAUCUUUUAUUUCCAUGUUGCCUGUGCACAUUUUGGAGCAGAGAAAUGGCUGUAUAGAUGCAGAUUUAGAAGAUGAUUUCUUUAGAACUAUUGAAAAAGAUGACCUAGAUGAUGGCUGCAAUAACUUGAUGGUAGAAUCAACGAUAACAGACACCGGAAGUUCACCUGUCUGUGCCCCUGCCACUGGAUGUUCUACAGAACUUGCUCUUAAUAUGGCUUCAACACAGGCAUCUAUAGUAAAACAAGUAAAAUUCGGAAACCAUGAGCAGCUUGCGCUCUUUCCGAGACAGGAAAUACCAACAUGUUGUGAUGAGGGUUUCUUUCUCAAUGACACAAGAAACAAGACCUGCUAUCCAGUAAGCAGUUGUUUGCUUCCAACAUUUGAUGGACAAGGAGCAGAAUCAGCUGUUAUGGUAGGUCUCCUCAGGUCUGGGGAGAGUGAUCUGGAAACGGUGCAAGAUAUGGACUAUGAACAAAUGUCUGCAGAAGAAAUAACAACAGACACAGAUUUUUCUUCAGAGAAAAUAACAUACCAAUGCAACCCUUCAGUUUUUGCUCGCAGCACAAGUUAUGACCAAUCUGCAACACCAAUAUCUCAAAAAGAUAUACUCUAUGUGAAAACAAGCACAGACAGCUUGGCAGAGAUUGUCUCAGAGCAGCCUUCAUUCAGAGAUAAUGAAGAAUACAAAGCAAAGGAUGAAGACUUGUCUUCAUUAAAUCAUUACGAAUUUAAGAGCAAAAUUGGUUUAAAAAAUUAUUCCCAUGAAUGUUCAUUAGCAGACAGUCCUGCAAGUUGCUUAUCCCAACAUACUUCAGAAGGCUGCACAUUGUGUGCUGAUAACAUACGACAAGAAAGCAGUGAAAGUAAAGAACACAAUAUCUUGAGUUCUCAAUCUGUAGUUCAGGAAGAACUUUCAUCCAAAUAUAAAAACCUAGUGGUAAAUGAAGUCAGUUACCUCACAGUGAACACAAAUGAAAAAGGCACUGAGGCCUUCGCUACUGCUCUUUGUGAAAGUACAAAUAAUUUGCUGCCAGAACCCAAUUCAGACAUAUUUUACCAAGCUGCAAUGAAAGCUAAUCUUCAAAGUGCUUCUGAGACUGAAAAAUAUGAUAAAAUAUUGGAGCAUGUCACAAUAGUGAAAGGGAAUUAUGAUGAUAGAUCUAAUCUUACUAUGGAAGUUAGUGCCCCACAAAGUUGUUCUGGGGUAUGUUCUAACUGCCUUUGCACAACAUGCUGUUCAAAAUCAACAGGGCAGAAAAACAAUAUGCAUAAGACUGAUAUUUCUGUGGAAUUUGAUGCAACUAGUCUGGUGAAGACAGAAAUUCAGAACAAAUCUUUACUUGAAUCAGGAGAGGAGAAAGAAGUCCUUUUUGAAAGUGAUUGUGCAGACAGUAUUUUGCCUGUUAGAGAGUAUGAAAACUCAGAGUCGGGCGGAGUACUUGAAUACUCUUUAGGUACUGUUUUCCAAGAGGGGAGUCCUUAUGUGAGUGAAAAACCUAAGUUUUUUAAAAAUGCAGAAACCGCUUCAGAAGAAACUAUGGUUCCUUAUCAGACUACAAAGGAAGAAAUGACCAAAUUGAUGGAUGCUGUAAUCAAACUAGAAGAAAAUGCACUAGAAAGCAAAUCCAGACAGAUUGAAAGUUUGCACGACUACCCAGUAGCCGAAGUCCAAAAUGAAACUGUGGAUAGGAGUAGAGAGGAUUUUAAAGGCGGCCUAUUUCAGAAUCCAAAGAAGCCUAUUGAUAUUGUAGCUUGUGAAAGUCAGUGUGAGUUUUAUACAAACUUGUGCCUGACAGCUGCAUGUGAAGAGGCAGAGAAAGAGGAAUCAAAGGUAGUAAGCACUGGUAUAGAGUCAAAAGCAGUUGUGUGUUCUGAUAGUUGCCUUCAGACAAGUAACUUUUACCAAAAUAAAAUGAAUGACAAAAUAGAUAUUUAUUCACCAGAGCUUACUGUUGCUGCCCAAAAUGUUCCUUCAGCCAGGUGUUCCAGCAGCACAGAUUUUACUCGGAAUACUUCAGACUUCCUUGAUGCUUGUGAAGGGCUUUUACAGAGAGACACAACAACAGAGAAUGUGUUUAAUACAGAGGACAUAGCUGCAACAGUAAUAAUGACAGGUAGGCAAGGAAGUAUUUUAGAAAAACCUGAAAAUGAAAAACAAGUCGGUUCUAGCAAUUUAACUGAACACUGUGUACCAAACUGCUUGGCCCAUGAAAACUUUUAUCAGGAAAAGAAGGUUAAUGGAUGUGAAGUGACUGGAAGUGAAGAACAAACUAUCAUGACGAAUGCUGAGGGGCUGCUUGUUACAAGGCAAGAAGACAUAUGCACAGAUGAAAAUGUUGCUUUAUUUACUGAAGAGACUCCAGCUGUACAUCAGAUGUAUUGUGAUAGAGAUGAUGAAAUGGAAAUUUUAAAUCAAUCUAAGAUCCCUGAAAGAUACCUUACGGCUUCAGGACUAGAACAGAAUAGUCUGUCAGUAGAUGACUCAAGGUUAACACAGGAUUACCUUGAUCGCAUUGAAAUGACUGAAGAUAGUGGCUCAGUGGACUCUCUUAUGGAUAUAAAAAACACAGUGAUGAAAGACAUCAAUGCACGUGACUGCUCAGUUGGUGAUAGUGCUGGAAUAGACCAAUGCAGAAUUGAAAGAGACUCUAAAAGCCUCUGUGUUAAAGAGGACAACCAUAUGUAUAUGAGUUGUUCUAUGGAAUAUGCUGAGGAUGGCACUUCAGAAAACUUGAAUGUAAAUGUUGUUAGAAGUAGACCUGAUAUUUGUGAAUCAGAUCCAGUAGGCUCCAGAGCUGAGGAUAAGAAGAAAGUGCAUUUGAUAAAUGUAGAGCAAGUAGCUAAAGCAGAAAGAGAAAAGCAGAUGUUUGUAGAAGAGACAGAGGAGGUAGAACUCAUAGUUCUACAAAACCUGAAUGAACUGUUCCCGGAAAACAAAGACAGCUGCCAGCUGACACAAGACAGCAAAUUAAAUGAAAUCUUAAGAGAAAGCCAGUGGGUGUCUACAAGCUUUUCUAGAAAUAAUGAAAACACCAGCAAGCCACAAAAUCCAUUAGCAACACUAAAGUCUACUGAAAAAAUUCAAGAAGGUUCACUUAAAGACCCCCUGUGCCAGUCUGUCAGUCAUCUUUUACACCUUGGAGUAAGUGACAAUUCCUGUCUUGUUCAGGAUGUUCCCACUGCAUUGAAAGCACAUACGAAACCAUCUGAUAGCAGUGUUGGAACUGUUCUUCCUUAUUAUGAAACAUUAAUGGAGAAUGAGGUCUGUGUUGGUGAACCUGUUACAGUUGACAAAAAGGGAGCUGAUAAAUCACUUUCUGAGAAAACACAAAGGGAAAGUGCUGCUUUCCGGCCAACCAGGAUCACACUGGACAAACAGGAGAAAAGAUCCAUUAACACUGCACCUGAUUCUGCUGCAUCUGGGCAACCUGUCAAAGAAAUGGACAUCUCUUCUACUCCCUAUAGUAAGGGAUGUUAUGAAUCUGUAACUGUUGCACUUAAGCAAGGGUCAGAAGGAAAUUCAUUUUCUUUGGAAAAAGUAGAUUCUUCUGAAGAUACAAUUCAGGAUGUUAACAGCUCUCAUGAAGAGCACAGCAUGGAUUUAAUGGUUAACAACCUAUCAAAAGACUCUUUUAAUUCUGUAGAAGAUGCAGCUCAAAAGGGUGCCAUUGUGUCUCAUUCAGUGCUCCUGGAUAAAUCAAACUUGCUUUCUCCUUCAGAGAAAGAAAUGAAGGAAGGUAUGAGAAAAGAAAUAAAGCAUUCUUUAUUAGAUGUCUCUUCUCAAAGCACAUUUCACAAUAUUCUCAGUACAACUGAGAAAGAACUUCAGUCAUGGAGUUUAUCGCAAUGUGAUAAGGAGAAAUAUCUAAACACAAACUAUACUAUAACAAACAGUAAAACAGAGAAUGCAAGGUUUUGUGAUGUACUUGGAUAUCAGAGUGAGCCUAGAGAGAUUCAGGAACAUGGGACUUCUGAGGAGUGCUGUGUAGACCGUCCAGAGAGCACUGUUUCCGAGCAUACUUCAACCCUUUCAGAAAGCCUGAACAAGUCCCCAGGAGAAAAUGCACAUUGUAGUGAAGAGUUUCUAAAUUACAAUAGGAAUUCCUAUACUUCUGAAUACUCUGCUAGUCGCCUAAAUAGCCCAGUCUCAUUUGCAGAUUUUUUAAUCAGCAGCAACAGAGACAAAUGUAAAAAUGAUGCUGUUCUCUUUGAAAAAGCAAAAUACUUCGAAAGUGAAUCAACCAAUUUAAGUGUGUCUGUACCUCUUCCUGAUGUUUGCUCUCUAAAUCAAAAAGGAGAUGAAAGGAAAAAUAAUUCUGCAGUUACGGUGGCCAGAGAUGCUCAGAAUAAUAAACUCUCUGAAGAAGUUGUGAGAACAGAUCAAAAGGGGGAAGCAACUCAAGAUUCCUUCCAGAACUGCGAUGAUGAAAGAGAAAAUAAAAUGCAUGAGUAUCUAGAGGACUACACUUGUGCUUCUAAUGUGACUGUACCAGAAUCAGCCUUGCUUGCUUUUCAAAGCCUGGGACAGAUUUGCAGCAAAGAAUCAAAGUCUCUUCCAUCCUACUCUGCAGAAGAUAUUCCAACCGAUGCACAGUUUCAAAGCUCCAACAACUUUAAUGCUUUUGACACUGCUUGUUUACUGGGUGGCUCAAAAUCUCCAAUAUUUAGUCAGCUUAAGGACUCACUUCAAGGCAAUUAUUUGAGCGAGCAAAUAUCCUGUAGUUCUGCAGACCUGCACUCUGUAAAAGAAGGAGAUUUUCCCCAGGCAUUUCCAAAAGUUAAUUACCCAUCCUUAGCAGCAUUUUCAGAAUCAUCUUUAACUGCAGAUACAGACCUCAGUAAAACAGGCACAUACCAUGUUUCACAUACAAAUACUUUGAAGCAUUCUCCAUUUGCUGUUUUACAAAUGCAAGACACUCAGUCUGAUAAGACCGUGGUAUUUGAUCAGCCAAUGCCGGCUUCAGGAAGUAUUUUACUUUCUCUUGCAAAAGAAAACAGGCAUUAUCCAGUAUCUGAUACAGAAUCAUGUGAAGAUUCUGCAGUAGAUGGGGAACCUGUACGUAGAAGUAAUUGUGAACAAUUUGACAAUGAAAGAGCAGUUGACCAGCAUCUCUGGGGUAAAGUUCCACUACAGAAAGUUUGCACAGAAAACCCAGAGAAAGUACUUGAUGAUGGUGAUGAUGAUUCUCUUUUAAUACCAUCGUUACCUUUUUGGGAUACUAGAAGGGCAGUUCUUAUUAAAGAAGGACAAAUGAGAGAAGUAUUUACCAGAAAUGAGGAAGAAUUGCAUUCAAAUACUGAGGUUGAACCUUCUGCAGUAAAGGGAAAGCAGAGAAAAGUAUUAAGUAGAGAACCUGUAGAAACGCAAACUAUGGUAUCUUCAAAUUCUCUGAAUGAGUUAAUAGGUCCACAGAUUGCAGUGGUGCAAAAUCUGUAUCCAGGAAAUGUUAACGUGGAUCCUGAACCCAUGUCCAAUUCAUGUGGUCCAACAUGUGCCACAUACAGCAGUAGCACUGAUUCUAGAGGACUGUAUCACACUGUCUCAGGUUUUGAAAAAAGGCCUGUAGAUCUGCAAGGCAAUUGUCAGUUUGUGCCUACAGGUGAUAAUCCAAGUAGAACAAGUACAGAUGGUAGAAAAGAGAUUUUACUUUGUAAAAAUAAUACAGCUUCAAGCGUUGAUAGCUCUGCUGAUGAUGCAGACAAUUGUCCAAGAACAGGAGAACCUCUACAGUCAGAAAGACUGAAGUUUUCUGUAAUGAAUAAUCAAAGUACCUCCUUAAAGUUUUUACCAGAACACUAUGAUUUGCCUCCACAAGAAUUCCAAUUGGUACAAUUCAGGAGCAAAAAAUCGUAUUUUUCUACACAGAAUACAAAGAGCUCUAAACAAAGUGAACAGCGACCUUAUUUACAAAGUCAUAGACUAUCAGCCCCAGCUAUUACUGUGAUCUCUGAUAUGGAAUACACUUUGGAAGCUUCAUCUAAGGCAGAUCUUUCAUCAUGUCCUGCGUCUAAAUCACUACAAGAUUUAAAUAUGAGUGUAGAGCCUCCAUCACCAACUGAGGAUGAUCUUCAUGGAAUUGAAAGAUUUUCAAAGCAAGAAUCAAAGAAUUUUCUACAAGUUAAAUCUAAAUCCAGAUUUCAGCAGAGAAUGAAACAAACUAAGAAGUCUGCAAGCUAUAAUCCAAAAAGUUUACAGAAUUGUGUGGAGAGAACUCAAAGCAACCAGUUUUUAAAAGACUGCACUGUUCAUCCUCCAUUGUCUUUACUGCCCAUAGCUCACCAUUCUGUGAGUACAGAACCAACUAUCCAUUCAAAGAGAAGUUCUGUAGCUCAGUGUAGUGAAGGGAGAGUUGAAGAAGCUGGAUACCAAUCAGAAGAAACAGAUUUGUUUUUACAAGACAAUAAAGAUGCAAUGCAUUUUAGUUCAAGUGAUAUCAAUCCAUAUAUUCAUCCAUGGCAACAAGAUGGAUCAUGCAAGAUUGGCUGGAAGCAGUAUGUUUUUGGAAGCGCAAGUGAUGUCUCUUGCAGUCAAAUUCCUUUAAACCUAGAUAAUCGUAAAGUUAUAAGAUGUUCUAGUGUGGACAAUGGAUUGAACUCUCAAAAUUCUCCUUUUCGUUCUCAUCUCAGUUCAUAUGCUACAGCAAAAGUUUUAUCAAGUGCUUUAAGCAGCACUGAAGAUCUUCAAGGAUGGGACAAUAUCAGGCAAGGCUUUGAAUCUGCAUACCCAAGUGACAGUACCAAGCAGUAUAGCAGUGUAUCCAGUGAAACACUGGAAACUAAUCCCGAAAAUAAUGUUGCUGAUUUUGAUAAUGCUCCUGCACAGCCUGGUAACUCUUCAGUGCAGGUUGAUGAAAUCGUACUGUUAUAUCCUUCUGAGUCAGAAAGGUCUUCCAAAAAAGCACCAGGAAUUACAUGUGAGCAGGGAACACAAACAGCAACUACAGGAAGGUACAGAAGACAGAGAAGGCACCAAAGAAGCUAUACAGAUGUUUCUGCAAGAAAGCAAGAAACAAGCAAAGAUCUAUUUCAGCAGCCUUCUUCUUGGGCAAGCAUGCAGAACCUGUCCAUGCAUCUUUCACAGCUUCUUCAGAACACUUCUGAGCUUUUGGGCAACCUCUCCCAACAAAAUAUUAUAGACAGUGAACACAAUGCCAAAAUCAAGCAAAAGGGAAUGGAAGAGGCUGUAAAGGCUACUAGAUCAGAUAGCUGCACUCAAACUACAGCAGAUAUAGGCAUUCAAACUGAGAUUUUAGAACCUCAAAGCAAACACGAAGAAAAACUAGUGCAGGCAAAAAUGGAAAAUGAAUUGAGGGCAAUUCAGGCAGGAAACAUUGAUUUGAAAGGGACUGGGGCAGAUGCAGUAGGUAAGAUUCCCAAAAGGAAAGAGGAAUUGCUCUCUCUCAAAGACAGAACACUAGAAAGAACUGAGAUGAGAACCCUGAGUAAUCCUGAUUUCCAUGACAGUCUUGACAGUGUUUUGGAAGAUUCCUUUAUGCGUCUGCCUCUUUUACCCAGAACCUCCACUCCCAUCUUAGGUUUUCAAAAAACAUUAAAUGCACAGCAGAAUGUGGCUUUUGCUAGUACCAGAGUUUCUUCUAUUGCAUCAUCUUUGCUGAGAUCAGGGCAAGAUGAGUCUUCAUGCACUAUAGUUAGCAGCCCUACUAAUAGCAGCACCUUGCAAUCUCCAGCAUCUUAUGCUGAGGAUAAAAUAACUGUCGAUGAACUGGAGAUUCCACUAGAAAGAAAACUUUGUCACAAAAACACCGUGUUAGUUGAUAGGGCCUCUUCCCCUAUUCUUACUCUUAGUGCAAGUCCCAACAGCCAGAUAGCUUUUAACAAGUCAGUCUGCUCUUCUAAGGGGCCUUUGGAAUAUUCCAGUGAUACUUCAAGUCCCCUUCACAGUCAGAGAAAGCAGAGGUCAGGACCGUGGUCUGGCGUGGAACCGCACGUGGACAACUUUUCACAGACAGAAGCAAACAGUGAAUCAAGCACUUCUAGAGACAACACGGACACAAGAAAGACGUCUGGCAGUUUCUCAGAUAAGAGUGCAGCUGAAGAGCUUUUAGGAAGAGGUGGUACAAAAGACUUGAAACAAAAGCACAGACUGUUGGUUGACACACACACUACAAUUUGUGCAAAACGACUUUAUCACUCUAGUAGUACAUUAGAGGUGUCUGGCCACAGGGAGUUUUUAACAAAUGAUCUUGGAGACCACAGUCCACUGGAACGUUCACUUCGGUGUAUGUAUGUCACAAGGAGAGAAAGAGGCUCUUUAGGAGGAAUCAGGCAUGAGAAAACUGUGGGUAGUUCUGAUACUGCUCUGAUUCCUAACUACUCACCUCCAAAUUCUGACUUACUUUUUCAACAAGAAAUUAAUGCCAGUUGUUUAAAUAAGACAAAUGCUGACAAAUCCUCAGAACCUCAGGUAGAAGCAUCUUCUCUACAAUUUCAUGAUUUCUUUUGGAAAAAUGAGAAUAGCUGCCCUCUCCCUCUUUCUGAUGUGAGCGAUGUGCAGACUUCCUUGCAAGAUGAUAAUACAGAUUCCGUGUCUGAAAGUGAAUGCAAUACUGAAAUCCUACUGAACAAAAAUACUACUUUUGCAAAGCCUCACAGACCUCGGAGCUACAGUCUUCGUGACUUACCUGUACACAACAAAUUUAGCAACUGGUGCGGUGUUAAGGGCAGUCCUCCGUCUUCGUUACUUAGCUUGAGUGGCAGUACGACUGAUUUACGAAGUCAAGCAGAAAAGAAAUCUAGAAGCAAACAAGCAACUGAAAUGGAAGGAAAAUCUCAGCUGUGUGAAAGCAGAAAUAGAGAGAUUGAAAGGCUUCAGAGAGAGCGUGCUCAGAUUAUGUCUGGCAUACACCUGGAUCUGCACCAGCACCCCCUUACCGUGGAACUCACCGAGGCAAAGCUCAAUUACGGCCUUGGGGAGACGGACGCGCUGUUGAGAAUCCUUCAGAGCGGGACCACCGAUGACCUGAUGUCAAUUCCCAUAAAGCAGCAACUUUAUGAACGACACAUGAGGACUAUUGAAACUCUGAGGAAGGAAAGAGAAAAAAGGUUGCAGAGGUACAGAAGAAGCCGAAGUUUGAGUCCUCAAAAGCAUUUGAGUCUGUUGCAGACACCGGAUGCAAAUCAGAGGGAUUUAGAUCUCCCCAGCAGACGACGAGAAUAUCUGCAACAACUGAGAAGAAACGUGGUGGAGAAUACAAGAGUUCAAGAACCGAAAAGAAGAGGUGUUCAGCACCCUUCAGAGAUUGAGCUAUUGCUCCGAGACUAUCAGAGGGCACGAGAGGAAGCCAAGACUGAAAUUGCACGAGCUAGGGACAAACUUCGGGAGAGAGCCGAACAAGAGAAAAGGCGUAUACGGGAGCAAAUAUUUUCUCAGUUACAGAAGGAAGAAGCCAGGCUGAAGACUCUUUUAAGUUCAAGCACUUUAUGUACAGACUCCAGCCUCAGCCUUUCCUCUGGCCCAACAUCCGGUUACAAUAGUAGUAACACAGCUACGUAUACUGCAAGUAAACUCAGCAGCCGGGAGGGGCAGACUUCUUCUGGAAAUGCAGAGCUUUCAAGAGGAGAUGCAAGAGGUUACUCAGCUGUUACAAAUAGUCAGCUUCAUGUGUUAGAACAACUACAGAAGGAUUCAGCAUUUGAAGCCAGCAGAAUACAGCCACCCCUUACCUCCGGUAGCAUCAGCUGUAGGUUCACUCACGGAUUAACUAUUUCAGUCAGCUCCUCUUCAACAAAAGGAUACCAAGAUUUAUCUAAACAUAUCUUGGCUAAUGCUACCACUGAGGUAAUGGCAGCGUGUGCUCAUAACCUGAGGAAUCUCUACACUUGCCAGUCAGCAGCUGGUUGGAAAUACCAAUGUACAGAAAAAGAGGUGCUGAUUUACUACAAAGUCUUCCCUUCAGCAACAAAGCAUGGGUUUCUGGGAGCAGGCGUGAUAGAAAGAUCUCUUCCGAGUGUGUGGGGACUAGUGAGAGAUCCUAGCAAAAGGCAUCUGUAUGACAGAACUAUCAACACAGCUCGAAUACACAAGAAGGUAACCAGCCAUAUUCAGCUGGUAUAUUUAGUGACUGAUACCUCCCUGUGUUACCUAAAGCAACCCCGGGAUUUCUGCUGCAUUACUGUAGAAGCCAAAGAGGAGAACUUGUCUGUCUUGGCAAUUCAGUCCAUCUAUGAUGCAUCAAUGCCUCACCCUUGUAAAGAAGUAGUGAGAGGGGAGAUUUUGCCAAGUGCCUGGAUACUGGAACCUGAUGUAGUGAAUGGAAAAGACAUCACCAGAGUCAUUUACAUGACACAGGUGGAUCUUGGUGCCCCAGCUAUUCCUGCAAGGCUCCUCAGUUCCAUUGCUAAGCGACAGCCUUUGGUGAUUGCUCGACUAGCACACUUCCUUUCAAGUUAGUAUUUGCCACCAAACUGGAUACUUACAGCAGAUGGAAGUUUGGAGAGAGACACAAGCAUCUGUAAGGGUAAUGUAAAAUGCUGGCUCAUAAGACAGUCACAGUUGAGCCUCACUUGAGAAGCCUGAUUGCUAACCUGGAAGUAUACAAAACUAUAACCAGAAGAAAGGAUCAUGUAUUUCAACCAGUGUGGCUUCAAAUAAACCCAGCAAGUUUUAUAGGUACCUGUCCUUCCUGAGACAGCUAUGGAAAAGCUCUUAAAGAACUAUAGGAAGGUAUGUGUCUCUGGAAAGAGGAGAGAGAAACUUCACUUUACAGUAGCCAGCAUCUUACAUGCAGAAGUGUAUUAUAACUUUUCUGUUUCCAAGGUGUUUUAAAGAUCAGCCUUCUCUCUCUGAUAUUUUAGGCAGUGGUAAGAAAAAGGCAAUAGAAGUGAUGCAAUACAUUAAAAACUACUGGAAACAGUGAGUAUACAUGCAGCUUGAGAUCUUUUCCAAGUUCUUCAUUAAAGAUGCAAAGCCACUUUCUAAUGUUGAGACAACUGUCAAACACAGAAUUCAUAACAGUGUAGAUAGCUUGCCAAGUAAAUGACUUUUCCUUGAAGGGAAGUUAGAACAGCAUGAGAUCCACUAGUCAUUCUACACCCUGGAUAGAUUUUUCUCAGAUAGUUGGCUGACUAUUUGCAGGCAUUAUAGUCAGAUUAUCACUACACUAUGCAGCAACAGCAGAAAACACCAUACCUCAGGACACAGUUUUACUGCACUGCAGAAUUAGGUGCUUUGAAAUAAAGAAACCAAACUGACAGCUGUAAACAAUGACACUUUGUCGUUAAUAGGGAAUAGUACUGACUCAGCAGCUUGUUUCUAGAACUUAAAUCCUGCAAAUAAAGCAGCUCAAGCACUUUCCCAUAAUGGCUUUUUCAUCAGUCCUUUUACAAUUCUACCCCAAAGCAUUCAGAGUUGAAAAUUUAGCCUGCUAUAGUCUUACCACACUUUGUUCAUAACACGAACAGCUGUCUCACUGCAGUGAAUGCCGAGUCUUCCCAUUCAAUUACCUCGUGGUAUUCCUGUUGAACUUCGUUCAACAAUCCUGCUGUUAGGCUUUAAAUGUUUGUUCAAUAAAUUCCCUGGCUUGAUCACACAACUCUAAAAUUAAACAUUACCAACCCAAAUAUCUUAAGUAAUUUGGCUCUUUGCACAACUAUAAAGAAUCACUUCAGAUACACUUUCUAAGCAAUAAAAGCUGCCACAAUAUUCUUUCUUCAGCUCAGAAAAGCCCACGUUGUUCAAGAAGCUGUUGCACUUUAAACUUGUCAAAGUGAAAAAUACAUAUUCAAGCAUCCACUUUAGAGUCAAACUCUGCUGCUUUAGCACAAUUACUUUCCAUAAGAGAUGCAUUUUCCCAGCAUACAGUGAAGUAAGUAAGUUCACUGCACUCCUACCUUUGAGUCAACGGCCAAGUUCUACCUUUAGUGCAUCUUUGCACAUGUAUAACUUUGGCUUUCAGCUUCUGUAUUCCUUCCUGUCAUUAAUGUAUAGUCUUAUAAGAAAAGGUAAUAGCUACUUUAAUUUGAUAUUUAAGAAAAUAGCAGUUUUGAGGCAUACCAGCCCAAAGGUUCCCAUCCCCACCAACUAUACCAGAUGGGAUAAUAAAACAUUUUACUUACUUACUUACAAAUUUUCUUCUUUUUAUGCUAGGAUGGUCAUGGUUAUGGAUGUUACCACUACUGUAUUACUGUUAUCUUCUGGUAGGGUCAAGCCUUUUCUUGAAAGCGUGCAAACAGUAUGGUUCACUUCAUCAGGUGUCAUAUAUCUCCCCCAACAGCCCCCUCAAAGAGAGAGGCAGUGUGUUACAUAAAGUUUCCAACAAUAGAGCAGAAAAGAUAAUACUGCCUUUUCUCAGAUUCACAUUUGGUGGGAAGGGAAAAAUAAAAGUGAACAAGGAAGUACUUACUUAAAAAACCCUAGAGGAAAAAAAAAAAAAGGCAGAAAUUGCAGCAUUGUCCCUAAUGCUGCUUUCCUGCAGCUGGACACAGAUUUCAGGAGAAGGCAAGGGAUGUCUUCAUACAAUCCACAAGAUUUGCUCAGUGCUUUAUUUUUUCCUUUUAUUCUGGACAUGGCACUAGUGAUAAAGCAGUUCGUGUAGGAACAACAUCUAGGGGGACUCCUGUUGGUCAACAAUGCCAGUGCCUAUGAAGGCUAAUGUCUUAUUGUACAGUACAUCAGAUGUUUAUUUUUAUAGACACAUAAAAUUGUUUUUUCUAUGUUUACAAAUUAAGUUAUUUAUAUAUGCUUGUUUUGAAGUGUUUUUAUAUGCUAUCAAAGCUAAUUUUUAUUUUUAUCAGUAUUGAAUUAAUGUAAGCUUUUUUUUUAAAUACAAUUUUCAAUUGAUACUAAAAAAGCUAUUUAAAUAAAUGUUUUCUUUUGCAAAUAUAACAUUUUAUGGUACCUGUUAAUGUAUGGCAUUCAUUUGUUUGGGAGAAAUAAAAAAAAGCUAGCAGAUACCUAAUUUGUUAGUCUAGAAUGGGCAAAACACACUCUGUAAAUUACUGCUGAGCAGUAGGUGAUCAAACCAAUUGUACUGUACCAUCUAUUGUUGCAUCUCUGCUUUUAAUCAAGAUUGCUAUUUUCAUAUCCACAAUAAAUGGUAUUUUCUACACAAGAAUCAAAUGCCACAGGGUACUGUGCCCCAGCUAAACUACUUAUCAAUGAAACUAUGCUUACACAGGGGGAGGCGGUUUUCUAUUCAGUGAUGUGGACACUUAUGCUGAAUUA